UCAAUUGAAGCUAUUAGUGCAUGAAGGUGUUGACUCAAUUUUUAGCUGAAAUCCCGAAAAAUGGUAUGCGUGAAGGUGUUAAUUCACUCUUUGCGUUAGUAAAGACUUUAGAUCAUAGAUGUCGCCAGGUACCUUAAAAACUGAAGUUUAAAUGGCGUUAACUCAAGUUUUGUUGAACUUAUUUGGAGCAAGAAGGUGUUAACUCUCUAUAAUUGUGCAGGAAGGGGUUAACUACUGAGUUAGCGCCUUCUUCCAGUAUAAACUUGUACGAAAUUGAUUUUUUGUUUACAUUACGUACGUGGUGUUCUAGUGUUGCUAUAUAGAUAUAGUUUAAAUCAAGUGAUUACUAUGCUAUUUAUUGUGUUUGGCAAAAAAGUAAGUCCAUUUUUCAUAUUAUCCAUUGAAUAUUAUCGCUAAUUUAAAAUAAACUGAUACUAAAAGUCAAAAAGUCCAUAACCAUAACCUCAAAAUGGAAAAAUAUAUAAAUAAUGCAAGAAAUUUAAACAAUUUUAGUUUUGAAAAUACUCCAUAAUGGCUGGUCCUAGUGCAAGAACCAGAAAAAUUCUUAAGUUAGCUAUAGCUGCUGCUGAAAUAAGUGAAGACUUCUCAGAAACAGAUGAGGAACCAUUUUUGGAUUCUGGCUCAGAGUACAAACCAGAAUCUGAUGGUACCGACGAAGAAAGGGCUGGAAAUUCUUCUAAGAGAAAAAGAGUAUGUAAAAGAGUAAUAAGAAUCAAGAAGAAAUCAAACGAAGACAUAGCUAAUGUUUUCGAAAAUCAAGAACAAAUCGUAAUAAGACCUGGACAAGACGAAAAACAGACACAAAAUAUUAAUGACCUAGAAGAACCUAUUCAAGUUAUUGAGAAAGAACUGCAGGAAAGUAAUGAUACAGACGAAGCCGAAGAACAACAAAUUAUUGAAAUGGAAGAAGAAAUAAAUAUACCUGAUGUUGGGGUUGAAGUCAACCAACGAAUAAAUGAAAAAAAAGCAAGGAAGCUCCAGGCUCAACCAAAGAAUUGGAAAAGAAACGUAAAUAUGCUAAACAGAGAACAAGGUAAAGCAUACACUGACUAUAAAAAUAGGCAUGUCCCAGAAAAAUCAUCUGCAGUUGGAAUACAACUUUGCACAGAAAAAUGCAGAUUAAAAUGCAACAGCAACUUUGACGAUGCUGAUCGGAAUACUUUAUUUAAUCAAUAUUAUUCAUUACCUACCUCCGAUGAAAAAAACGUCUACCUCUUUGGUUGUAUGAAGCCCUUUGAUGUUAAGCAACCAAGCGGUAUCAAUGCUAUUCGUCAAAAAUCUUUCAGAUAUUUUAUAACUUUAGAUGGAAAAUCAAAGCAAGUAUGCAAAAGUGCUUUUUUGAAAUUACUGAACGUUGGAAGAAAGAAAUUAGAGCUAAUUCGUAACCAAAUUUCUCAGGGACAAGCUCUCCCACAUAAAGAUCAGCGGGGUCGCCAUAUUAACGGCAAGAACCAAACACCCAACGAUCAGCUUGAUGUAGUCCGUCAACAUAUUAAAUCUUUUCCUGCAGACAUGUCACAUUAUUCAAGAACUAAGAACGAACAUCGCUUAUACUUGUCCCCUAUGCUAUCCAUAAAUAAAAUGUAUGACCUAUACAAGAACCACUGUUCUGAACAAAACCUACCUUUUGUCAAAAACAGUCGAUACAGAAAAAUUUUUGUUUCCGAAUUUAAUUUUGGCUUUGGAUCUCCAAAAUCAGAUACCUGCAAGGUUUGUGACUGUAAAGAAAAUACCGACGAACAUGUGAGGCGCUAUAAGGCAGCGUUUGCAGAACAGAAAAAAGACAGAAAUUUGGCACAUGAGGGUACUAUUUUAUUCAUAAAUUUUGACAUGCAAAAAACAUUGCCUCUGCCAAAGCUGUCUACCAGUGUGGCCUUUUAUCUGAGACAAGUUUGGUUAUACAAUUUGGGGAUUCAUUGUGUAAGUAAAGGUGAUACCUUCGGUAAAGGAUUUUUUCACCUUUGGACUGAAGACAAAGGUAGUAGAGGACCAGAAGAAGUUGGAAGCAGUGUUUUAUCAUUCCUACAGAGCAUUAAUAUUGAAAAUGACCAUUUAGUAGCCUGGAGCGAUUCUGCAGGUGGACAAAAUAAGAACUUUUUUAUAGUUUGUUUAUGGCAUUACCUAGUACAUCAGAAAAUUUUUAAAACUAUUGAUCAUAAGUUUCCAGAGGUUGGCCACAGUUUUAUGGAUAUUGAUAGAGACUUUGGCGCUGUCGAAAAAGUUAUUCGAAAAGUUCAAAAUAUUUAUACAGUUGAUCAGUACAUGACUUUAAUGAGAGAAGCUAGAAAAAGGAAUCCGUUUGUGUUAACCAGAAUGGAGGACAAAUUUAUUGAUCUAAAAGAACUGUCUCGAAAGCUGAACUUGUUAGACAGAAAGAAAAGUAGCAAUGGAGAAAAGAUAAUUUUUCGUAAUGUAAGAUGGAUAAGAGUUGAUAAAUUUGGUACAACAAAGUAUAGAUAUUCACUAGAUGAAAAUGAGGAGUGGAAAGAAGUAGAAAUUAUCAAACGCAAACCAACCCGUACAACAGGACAACACGAAAAUGUCUUAGUUCCAGUAAAUAAGUCGAGACCCAUAACAGCCAAAAAAUUUGAUAAUAUACAAGAGCAGCUCCCAUUCAUUCCAGAAAAUUUAAGAGGAUAUUAUAUGAGUUUGAAUCGAUCUGAAAGUGAUUAG